AUGAUCGAGGGGCUCUCGAGUCGGCAGAAUCUGCCCGUUAUCUUUCCAAGCUGGGACGACUUUGACCUAGAUGCCAUCGCCAUCGCUCCUCCUCCAUGGGCCUACAGCUUUUUCCAGGGCAAAACAGUUCCACAACCUAGUCGGAUGACGGCUUUGCGUUCAUGCAAGGUAGGCUUCGAGGUCAUCAAUAAUUACUCAUAUUGCCAGGAAAGAGUUAGUACUCGUGAACGUUCGCCUGUCAAAUGUCGUGCGUAUAUCUCUGGAGCACAAAACGUCCACCUCGCCCAGGAAGAUUUGUCUGGAGAAUUGCUUUUGCUGGGGGAUUCGAAUCCACCGAAUACGUGGGCGUGA